CCCCAACAACAUUCCUUCCCUGCCCCGGAAAGCCCCCUCAAAACCCUUCUCACCCCCUAGUAUCCUGGCGCUCGGCCAUGGCGGCCGUCGCUCGAUCCCUCGCCGGCGUGGAAGUUCCCAUCCUUGGGAGCGAUAAGGCGGAAUGGAUCGAGGUCACCGUCCCCUCGUCGUCCUUCUCAUUCGCGGCCGCCUCGGCUCCCCAGCCGUCUCCUCUGGCCAACGGUGGCGCCGCCUUCGCCCCCAGGGACGCAGCCGGAUGUCACGUGAUAGAAGGUGUCGAUACUAAGUCUUAUCUCAUCUGGAGGCUUCACAAGGAUUCUCCCAAUAUUCUUGAGGUUGUUGAAGUCAUUGCCUCCAAGGAAUUUCCUCAAACUGGAUUGCAUCUGGUAUUCCAGGAUGCACUCUGUCCAUCUGCAUUUCUGUGCAAGAAUGUGAUUAAUAGUGGUUCAGGGAAUGCAUACUUGCUCUAUGUAUUGACUGUAUCUGGGGUUGCUUAUCUUCUCAGUUUGAGAAGCCCAUUUUCUUAUAUUUCUGGUUCAUCCUUUCCUCAAAGGGAGUAUGUAGAAUUCAAUGUUGCACCUCCUACUCAAAUCACAGCAAUGACAGCAGCAGCAGGAUGCUUAGUAACUGGACGACAGGAUGGUGUAGUUAGCUGUUUCCAACUUGGAAUACUGGAUCCUAGUUCACCAGGUUUUGCCACUGAGCUUCGUGAUGAUGUUGGAAUUGGUCGAUUGUGGAAUCUCAUGUCAAGGCAAAAGGCUAUUGGGGCUGUGCAAGACAUGGUGAUAUCUGAUGUUUGCAAAAGAAAGUGUUUAUUUGUAAUUCAUGCCGAUGGUCUCUUGCGUGUUUGGGAUCUUGUUAGUCACAACAGGGUUGUCAGUUACAAUACUAGCUCACAUGAGCUUGAAGGAACUAAACCAUCCAGGUUGUGGGUCAACGAAGCUAACUAUGAUGCAAAUCUAAUUUAUUUGGCAAUUCUGCAUGAUGGUGUUCCGUUAUCAGAUAUUGAGAUGGUUGCUGUGUACCAUUUUGGUCUUGGUACUGGAGACAAGCUUCUUUUAUCACCACAACCCUCAUCACAGAGCAUCCAUUUAGAUGAGGGAAAGCUCAUUGAUUUGAAAUUCGAAUAUGACAAGAUUUGGAUAUUGAAAGGAGAUGGGUCGAUGCUAUAUGAUCUGUCUCAGACUGAUUUUAAUAUGAAACAUACAGUUGCAUAUGGUUUGCAAGAGGACUUUGUAGCUGACCAGCUAUUUCAAAGUUCUGAACAUGCUUUAGAUGAUUUGAUGUGGACUGACCAUUCCAUAUUUUCUUCAGUGAAGGAUCAAGCUGCCUAUUUGGUCUCAUCCUUGUAUUUGCGGAGAUUGCUCCAACCUGGUGUUUAUCAAUCUACUGCUCUGCGUGCCACUUUAUUGGAGCACAAGAAAUACAUAUCUGAUUAUGAGUUUCAAUCUCUUACAAUGGAUGGGUUGAAAAAGGAGAUAUUUGCAAUAAUAGAAGGCGAGGGGGCUGCCACAAAUUCAACGACAACUGUUUAUUACUGGAGGUCUUUCUGCACUCACUUCCUACGCCACUGGUGUCAGAACAGUACACCAUAUGGGUUCUUUGUUGAUUCUUCACAGAAUGUAGUUGGUUUAAUCAGGAAAAACUCAGUUUCUUUAUUUCGUUCUUUGGAAGGGAUUGAACAACUUAUUUAUGGCUUUUCUGAUGAAUUUAAUUACAUGAAAAGCUCUGGGAUGAGUUUGCAAGUUAAUGGCAUUGAUCCUGAAGUGCUAUUUGAAGUGCUUAGAUGCAUGAGUCAUAUAAGCCACCAGUUGGGCCCAGCUGCUAGUGCAUUAUAUUAUGAAUCUCUCAUUAAUCCUAGUAUCUCAUCAGAAGAUAUUAUGUCUCAGUUAUUAAAGAUACUGGAAGCUGGAUACUGUCCUUCGGUGAUAUCUCUUAUACAACAAAUUGGAGUUGAUGCUGCCUGGGAGAAGAAACAAACAGCUCACAGAAGCCAGAGGAAGUUUGCUGUUGAUAUAUUGGUGUCCCUUAAUUUAUUGUGCUCUAAAGCUACUAAUUGGCUAGUAGUUUUAGACACCAUAGAGAAGUUCCUGACAUAUCUGAACCCACAUAGAAGUGUCCAAGAAAUUGAUUCCAAAUGCAUGUGCAAUAUCAACUCUAUCUUAUUGGUCCAGGCCACUUCACAAGUUGCAAGAAUGAUGUUUGAGGCAGCUUUUGAUUUGCUGCUACUGCUUGGCUAUCUGGUGAACAUCAGUGGGCAGGUAAAUCUGUUGCAGACGGACAUAGUUCGCAUAAAGGUCAGAUUAAUUCCAACAAUCUAUGAAGUAAUUACAAAGUGGCUUAUUAUCCAUUUUAUGGGAACUACACCAACUACUCGGCCAACUAUAGAGGAUUUUAGUUCUCGCCUUUCUUUACUGCAUAUAGGCAACAGAACCGGUAGAAAUUCUUGGGAUGGAAAGUUGGGCUCAUCUGAUUUUACAUUGGCUUGUCUGUUUGAGUUCCCCACCGCAUUUGAAGGCUUGGAGUUUCUUUGCUCAACAUCUUUACCUAACCCAAGCAAAUUAAAUCAUUUGGUGCAGAAGCACUGUAGUUUAAUUGCAUGCAGCCUCACCGUUGCGGAGUCUAAUUUGUCCCCCAGCCCCACAAUUGAGCUAGCAUCACUUCUUCUCCAUCAUGGACAAUAUGAGGCUGCUGAGAGCCUAUUUAUUAUUGUUGAUGGUUAUUCAAGAAGUAAAAAGGUAUCAAUAAGUGCUCAAACUACAGAUGGCGAAUGGUGUGCACAUCUUCAUCUUCUAGGAUUUUGUCUUCUUGUCCGUGCACAAAGUGAACUACAAGGAGUUCUGAAGGAGCAAAAAUUACAUGAAGCUGUGCGCUGUUUCUUCAGAGCUGCAUCUGGGCGGGAAGCACCAAAAUAUCUGCAAAACCUCCGGUUUGAGACUGGCUUCCAACAUCCUGAGGAAUGUGCAUCAGCAGCAAUAUGGAGACUUCAUUACUAUCAAUGGGCAAUGCAAAUUUUUGAGCAAUAUGGUGUGAGUGAAGGUGCUUGCCAGUUUGCUCUGGCUGCUCUUGAACAAGUUGAUGAAGUCCUGAAUAGUAGUGAUAAUGACCUUACUGAAAAUGAAACCACAAUUCGUGGCCGAUUAUGGGCAAAUGUCUUCAAAUUCACUUUAGACCUGAAGCAUUACCAUGAUGCCUAUUGUGCAAUAAUUUCAAAUCCAGAUGAGGAAAGCAAAUACAUAUGCUUUCGGCGUUUUGUUAUAGUUCUUUGCGAAAAUCGUGCAGCAAAGGUUCUAUGUGAUGGUGGACUACCGUUUGUGGGAUUAAUAGAAAAAGUGGAACAGGAGCUUGUAUGGAAGGCUGAGCGCUCAGAUAUUUUUGCAAAGCCAAAUCCCUACAAACUACUAUAUGCUUUUGAAGCUAAUCGAAAUAAUUGGAGAAAGGCAGCUAGUUAUAUGUUUCGAUAUUCUGUGAGGCUGAAGAAAGAAGCUAACUCGAAUGGAAACCACCAAGAUUCUUCGGUAUUGCAAGAGAGGUUACAUGCCUUGUCCGCUGCAAUUAAUGCUCUGCAACAGGUUGAUCAUGCUUAUGCUUGGAUUGAAUCUCAGUAUGGGAAUGACUUAAGCAAUUAUCAAGGUUCACCAAAUAAAAAGCCUCGAAAUGUGUCAGCAGAAAACUUUGCUGGUGGUCUUGCCCCUGAGUCUUCAGCAAUCAACUAUUCGAUUGACAUUGAUAUGCUGGAGAAGGAGUACAUUAUAACUUCAGCACAUCAUAUGCUUUCUCUUGUGAAUAAUAAAAUGAAGUUUCCAGGAAUACAGAAGCUUUCAAAUGUUGUGGAUGUUUUGAUUGAAGAAAAUUUAUAUGACAUGGCAUUUACCAUAGUUGUCAACUUUUGGAAGGGUUCAGGACUUAAACGGGAAUUAGAGCAAGCUUUUGUUGCUCUCUCACAGAAAUGCUGUCCAAAUAGAGUUGGUUCUGCAUUCAUGAGGAGCAAUGUGAAAACAAAUAAUCUUCUAUUGACGUAUUCUGAGGAAGAAACGCCUGCUGACAGCAAGAAAACUGCUAGCCCAGUUUUUUCUAAGUUCAAGGGAAAUGACCAGUGGGAAACACUUGAACUCUAUCUUGAAAAGUACAGAAAAUUGGACCCAAGAUUGCCAGUUACUGUUGCUGAAACAUUGCUAUAUACUGAUCCUCAAAUUGAGCUGCCUCUUUGGUUGGUUCACAUGUUCAAGGGUGGACGAAAGGUAUCUUGGGGCAUGACAGGCCAGGAACCAGACUCUGCCACCUUGUUCAGACUCUAUGUGGACUAUGGCCGGCAUGCUGAAGCUACAAAUUUGUUACUCGAAAACCUAGACUCUUUUUCAUCUCUGAGACCGGCUGAUAUAAUCAAUCGGAAAAAGAUGUCGGCGACAUGGUUCCCAUACAUAGCAAUUGAACGGUUGUGGUGUCAGCUAGAGGAGAUGCGGAGUUCUGGCCAUAUGGUUGAUCACUGUGAUAAACUAAAAAAAUUGCUGCAGGAAGCUCUGAUGAAACUCCUAAAACAGGUACAAUUGGAUUCGGAUGAUGCUUUGGCCGCAGCUGCUGCAAGCAAAAUGCAGAAUCCCGGAAGCUAGGUGUCAUGUUCAUGAUAUGGAAGAACAAACCACGAUAUCAUGGCUCAGGCCUCGUCGGUGCUGCAGCUGCCGAGUGUUUUGAAUUUGGUUUAACUAGUCUUCUGCCAAGUGUGAGAGGAAGUGUUUCUUGCCUUUGUUGUAUAUAUAAUUAAUGGCUUCUCUUCUUUUUUGAGAGGUGGCGGCUGACUUGAAGGAAAUGGCCUUGGAGAGUGCUCUCCUGGAUGAUCCUGCGUUAAUCCUGCCGAUCUCAUAUUACAAGUGAUGGCUUGAUGGAUAUGAUCAUCUGGGGGCAGCAUGGCCCCUGGCCGCUUGUAUAUUAUAUAUACAGGUUUCAUCUUUGGAAGAGAUCGUAUAGGAUGAAUCGGUUUAGGUAUAUUAUUUUUAUACAGUACAAUGAUUAUAGUAUUUUCACAUUGCAUCAUGGUGUUUUCAAUAACGAACAUUGUAAUGCAGUACAUUAACAUUAUAAUAGUGUUUUUUUUAAUGAUAUUAAAAAAUUAUUAUAA